CUUCCAGAAGCUAUGGAAACUACGAUUGCUACCUCGAUCACAGCCCCCACCCUGGUUGAGUUUAACUCCGUGGGCCCUUCAACCUCACAUGCUGAAAAGCUAGGGUCGGUCUACACUACUCAACUUUCUCCAAGGUGGUGAUGUCGUUGUGGUUUGCUCAGAGGUAUGAUAAGGUGCAUUUCUCUUGCAUGCACCCGGGCUGGGUAGACACUCCUGGUGUGCGAAACUCUCUACCGCAGUUCUACGAAGAGAUGAAGGCCAACCUGAGGUCACCAGCUGAAGGUGCUGACACUGCUGUCUGGCUCGCUGUCUCAAAGGCUGCCCUCAAACACCCCAGUGGACUCUUCUUUCAAGAUCGAAUGCCAGUCGCAACUCACCUACCUCUUGCUUGGACAAAGUCAUCUAUAGAGGAAGAAAACUUGCUAAUGAUCAACAUAGAAGCACUGCGUGUGAAGGUAUUAGGUACCCUAAUGAUGACGGCCAAUGCUGGUAAUCCUGAUCUUGCCGAAACUAGAGAAACUUCCUUAACUGAGCCAAUGGAAACUUUGGAAAAAGCUGCAGAUGAGAAACUUGCCUUUACAAAUCCCUUUCCUGAUGAGCCCCUUGCUGAUACAUCUUCAGCUAGAAAGGAAGUUCUUUUUGCCCCAGUCAUUUCUGAGACAUCGGUUCUUGAGGCGGCAUCUCCACCUCCCAAGGAGGCAUCUCCACCUCCCAAGGCGGCAUCUCCACCUCCCAAGGAGGCAUCUUUGCCUGAAGAACCAAGAGGUCCUGCUGAGUCCAAAGAGGAGGAGGUGGAGGAAUCACUUGCAAAAUCAGAGCUUCAGGUGAAAGAGGUAUUUGUUCCUGCAGAACCUGAAAUAGAGUGUGUGUUAGAUGCUGUUCCAUUAGAAUCCUCUUCUAACACAGAGUGCACUGCCACUGUAAAAACCCAAGUUGAGGGCAUUGACUUGCAGCCAUCUGAGGUUGAUCUAGAGAAGUCAUCCACCUGAGAGAUUCCCCAAAAUGGCAGUUAUAACUAAGAAUUUGACUCUGCCUGUUGUGAAGACUGCUAAAGUAUAGUCCAGACCCAAACUUAAUGAGUAAGCAGACCAUAGUCUAUUUUCCUUGUGCAGCUCAUCAGGAAAAUGAUAUAUUAAUCCACAAAUACUUCUUAUCCUCUUUCUGAUUACAAAGGAAAGAUAGUUUCUGGGGGCAUUUCAUUAUACUUUAUUCCAUUAGCUUGGCUGAGAACAAAAAUACUUUAUUAAAUAUUACUUAGUAUGAUUGUGAAACUGGUAUAUAGGAAGGCAGCAAAUGUAGGUUAUAAGAUUGUAGUGUGAGAAAAACCACUUGUAUGAUUAUGUGCUUAUCCCACAUAAUCAGAGUUGUAGUGCUUGUGUACACUUGCACACACAUUAGUAGGCCUAUAAUAUUGACACAGUGAUCCUUGUUACAGCUUGUUGGUCCUUGAUGAUUACCAUUCAGAAAUGUUAACACUUUUGUAUUUAUGAAUUAAAAAUGAGCAAAUGUGAUAUUCUAUAAAGCAAAUUUAAUAGACUUAACUGUACCAAAGAUAAAAGAUCACCAGAAUUUAUUGCAAUUUAUGUAGAUAUUUAGCUGUACAAAUUAUACCUUCCUGAAGCUCCAUAUGUAUUAUUAGCUCGAGCGAGAGCCUACACAUUACAAGCCAAGAGUUUGAACCAUCUGCAUCUCUUGCCAGAUAUUAAGAGUUCCAUAUGGCUCAUACACACUGUAUUGGAUAACUGAAAUUGGUACACAUGUUACAAAUAUAUAGUUUUGCCUCUAUGCACAUUUUUUGUUUUGAUUUCUGUGGAUUUACUUUACCUGUUAUUUAACCUUACAUUAGUAGUGGAGUGUUUAAACUUCCAUCAACCAAGUAAAAUACAAAUGUUACUCUUCACCAGUGUGCAUCACAAUGACAAUUUAAUACAGAGAAUCACAUGAUAGCAGAAUAUCAAUACCUGUGUAAAUCCAUUAAAUCAUAUCAAUGACUAUUUAAUAGUAAUUAAAUUGCACCAAUAAUAAUUCAAUUUUGUAAUUUCUUAACUACAAAAUCUUAGUAAUUAUUUUUUAAUGUAUGUGCAGGGGUGAUGAAACACCCAGAUCACUAACAUAGGAAGGGAAAACUUCACAGCACAAUAAUUCUAAAUACUGACUCUUUAAGCUGACAAAUAUAUCACUAAUAUAAACAUUUAAAUUAACCAAAAUCAUUGGAAGGUGAUGAGUCACUGUUCCUAUACAGUGAUAUUAUAGAAAAUGAAGCACAGUACUGUAGACUGAAUAAAGAAGACCAUCAACCAACAGUGACUGAUGUAUGGUAGUAUGAACUAGUAGUAGAAUCUUCUAUUCAGAGAGAUGUACGCCAUACCUACUUAGUUACUGGGGAAAACGAUUACAGUAACUGUUGUGUAUGUUCUGAUUUGAUAGAUAUUGCAAACAGGUAAUCUACAUCUAGUCCUACUCCAGUACAGUGUAUUGGGUUGUUUAAUGGAUGCUUUAGCAAUAGAAGGUAUAAUGAAUUGACAAGGUUUUGUAAAGUGUUCAAACUACAGUAUUUUCAUUACCAUCGUGACCAAGACUUACCGACCCCAAAUUAUAAAAGUAGCAAUUUGUCUGGCCAGAUUAUACCUAUAGGAGGACAUUCAUGAACAUAAUUUGAAAUUAAAGGAUAAAAGUUUUUCUAAUGUCAGAAUGCAUGCCAUGAGCAUUACUCUUUAAUGGUGGGUUACAUCAUUAUAUAUUGAUGUACUAUUUCUUUAUCAAGGCGUGAUGCUUAGCCACUGACAAGAGUAGCAUGUGCAAAGCCUAGUGAAUAUUUCAUUUUGCAAGAUGUUUUCAGGGCUGAUAAGCUGUGAUAUAUGUUACCCAGUAAAGUAUUUACAUAUAUACAUACAUAUCCCUCUAAUGAAGAAAAUCUGUGAUCGUUGGGUUGUGCUAGAUGUGUACAAUAAUAAAGAAGCAGGCACUGACUUACCCUGUGCCUGUGUAGGUAAACCAACAUCUACUCGAGAUGUUGAUUUCUAGAAUAAUAUAGGCAAAAAACACCAAGGCAAGAAGAGAUUAAUUGUAGAUAAACCUUUACAGCAAAAUGUCAACAAAUCCAACAGAUACACAGGGCUAGUGUUCAUGGAAAAUGUAACAAUGCUGAAACUUUUUACUUUGUUCCCUGGAGUAGUAUUCGGUAGUUGCAAGAUUCCAUAGUCUCCUAAUUUUGUUUUCCUGAGACUUGCUAACACUAUUGGCCUCUACGAGGAUAGGAAGCCAGCGGCUUGUCAAAGAUCCCUCCAUUUACCUUCAUCUUUUCCAGCUGUACUUUAAAACCCAAUAGUUAUUUUGGCAUUAAUGGCUUUGGCGGGUAGACAGUUUCAUGGGUUUAUAAACCUGUUGGUAAAAAAGCAUCUAUUCUCAGUCCUACAUUGUGUCUUGUUGAGCUUGAAACCAUUGCUCUUUGUUUGUAUUACAUAUGACCUUUUGAAGAAAUUUUCCGGAUCAACAUUCUCCAACUUGUUCAGUACUGUAUUUUAAACGUUUUAAUAAGAUCCGCCCUGUCAUACCUGGUUUGUUAGCCCUGUGGCCCUUAACUGUUCCUGAUCUGCUAGUCGACUUAACUCUGGAAUGAGUGUCAUAAAUCAUGUUGUUUUCUUUGACAAGUUCAGGGAUACUAAAGUUCAUUAUGUGCUGCCACCAAGUUCUCUUAUGAAAAGCUUUGUUGCUGUUGACACUACAUACAUGCUAUGAUGAAAUAAUUUACAAACCUACACACUAUCUACAAAUAGUCUACUCUCAUCUUGAUGUUUGUCUUCAGUGUUGUCAGCACUUUGUGCUUCUUCAACACUAUGCAUUUACUAUCAUUACUGUGUUCUCAGCAGUGGCCACCUCUCAUUUUGCCAUAUUACAAUUAUCAAGUUUGCACCUCACUCCAAACUGGUAAUUAUGAUCCAUUUUCUUUACUCUGAGGUUAAAUAGUUCAGCGUUUAUGUUGUUCCCAAAGCAACAUGUACAGUACUUAUUAAAAUAGGAAGUUGUGCCAUUUAACUGUUUUAAUACACAGUAUAUACCCAUUAUAAAAAAUGUACUUACGUAUUUAUGCAUGUUAACAUUAUGAAUAAAACAUUAAUAUUUAAA